AGUUGCAAUUUAAACUUCAAUUUGUAAUGAUCUCAGACAUAAAAUAUGUCUCUUAUAAAAGCUUUACCUUUGAAAUUACAAAAAGUGGCUGAAACGGAAUUAGCAGAAGUGCCACAUAGAAUACCCGAGGAUUUAAAAGCCCUAAGAACUUGGAUAGAACAGCAGCCGCAUUUAAAUGCCCGACUGGAAGAACAAUUUCUAAUACAAUAUCUGCGCGGCUGUAAAUACAGUUUGGAGAAGGCCAAAACCAAAUUGGAUCUCUUUUUUACCUUGAAAUCAAAAUUUCCCGAUUUGUUUAAUGUUACCGAUAUAAAUGAGGCAAGAUUUAGGAAAAUUAAUAAUAAAGGUUUUGGCCUAGCCUUGCCUCAACCUCUCAACGAACAGGGUCCACGUAUAUUUUUUCUUACAUUCGAAGGUGAUAUUGGCAAAGGUCUAUAUGAUAUUGAAGAUUUAUUUCGUGUGAUGAAUGCCAUGCAUGAAAUCUUUAUUGUAGAUGAUUCUUAUGCCUGCAUUAAUGGAAUUGUUUAUAUUUUGGAUUUGAAAAAUAUCUCCUUAAAUAUGGCUUCAAAAUUUACACCAUCUUUUCUAAGAAAAAUUGUACAAUUUUAUGAGAAAUCUUUACCGUUGCGUAUCAAAGCUUGUCAUAUGUUAAAUACACCGGGAUUUUUCCACAGUGUUUUGAGUAUAUUAUUGCCGCUGUUAUCGGAGAAACUGAGAAAGAGGAUGUUUGUUUACGGUCAGAACUAUACUGAUGAUUUGGAGAAAAAUAUACCCAAAAAAUAUUUACCCACCUAUUUAGGUGGAGAUAAUGGUGUUCGUGAACAACUUAUAAAGGACUUCGAUCAGAAGUGGUUAGAGUAUAAGGAUUAUUUUAAACAAAAUGAAAACUAUGGCACCGAAGAACUAUUGAGACCUGGUAAACCUAUCGAUUUUGAUAGCAUGUAUGGUUUGGGUGGUUCAUUCCGUAAAUUAGAUGUGGAUUGAAAUAAAGUUUUCAAAAUUAAUUUAAGCUUUUUGAAAA